UAAUUAGAGCAAUCAAUAAGGGAUAAGGGAGCAGAUUCAUUGUACCUGGGUCUCAGGUGAGAGUUUGUGCAAGUGAAGUGAGUGAACUCAACUGAAGAAUCCUUCAAUCCGAUAAUCGCCAUGGCAGCAGAACCCACGCGCCCCGUCAAAAUCAUCGCCGCCGCCGAUGAUUUCGGUGCUCCUCUCAAAGACGCCCUCGUCGCUCACCUCCGCUCCCUCAGCAUAGAAGUCGAGGAUCUCGGAACCUCUUCCUACUACUCCGCCGGAGCCGAGGUCGGCCGCCGAGUCUCCCAAUCCUCCGCCGUCCGCGGCCUCGUCGCCUGCGGCACAGGCGCCGGCGUCUCUAUCUUCGCCAACAAAUUCCCCGGCGUCUACGCGGCCACCUGCCUCACCCCUUCCGACGCCGUCAACGCCCGCUCCAUCAACAACUCCAACGUACUCGCCGUCUCCGGCAAGUACACCUCGCCGGAAGCCGCAAUCGAGAUCCUGGACGCGUGGCUGAACACGCCGUUUAAGUCCGCGUGUCCCGCCAACGAGGGCGAGCCCUGGCCGCGGGAGAUCCAGACGUUUCUAGACCACUCGCUCGUGGAGAUGCCGGAGAUCGGAAAAGAAGGAGCGUUCGACACGUGCGCAGUGUGCUGUCUGGUGAAGAACCGGGAACUGAAUCCGAUCGAGUUGAUUCCGGGCGGUUCGAUGAAGAUCGUGAGGGAGACUCCGACGUCAGCGUUCGUGAGGUUCAAGGCCGGGAGCGUGGAGCCCGCGCACCACCACACGUUCGGACACGAUUUGGUGGUGUUGGAAGGGAAGAAGAGCGUUUGGAAUCUGACGAAGGAAGAGAAAUACGAUCUGACGGUUGGGGAUUACUUGUUCACUCCCGCAGGCGAUGUGCAUAGGGUUAAGUACUAUGAAGAUACUGAGUUUUUCAUCAAAUGGGAUGGGCAUUGGGAUAUGUUUUUCGAUGAGGAUCUUGACACUGCCAAAAAAGCUAUCGAUAAGGAAUUAGGUUUAACGAACUCUACGGUUUCUUAAUCUCUUCAAUUUCGUGUGCCUUGUAUCAUAUUCGUUCAUAAACUCCUCUCUGUACUCUGUUUCAUCAAUGUCUACCAUCCUUCUAUCUGUGUAAGACAUCAUUCAAUAAUCCUAUGCUGGCAAUUUCAUCGUUUGGCCUCA